AAGAAAACUAGGUACCGUUCUGAGGACGAAUCUAACUGUAUGCUCAAUUGAAAUGUGGACUAUGGUAUAUUGUCUCUGAAUUGAGUCUACCAAAUGAAGUAAUCCCUUUUAAUUAAAGAUGUAGCAAGUUUGACAAACAUGAGAAUCCUUCCGGACUAAAGAUGAUGUGACUCUGGAGGCAUGGCAAAUGGAGUACCUCAGUAUUGCUAUGCACUUUGUUUUCUGUUCAACAAAUGCAUCAGAAACACCUCAGAGCAUCAUCACUCACGGAAGACACUGGAACAAUUGUCAACUAUUAUGCUUCAGAUAUGUCAUUCUUCUAGGUCUAGAAGCAUUUACUUUUUUUUUAAACAAAAACUAUUGAUUGCCCUGAAAUGUUUUCUAUUUCAUUCAUAUAAAGAAACAGAAAUCACUCUUCUUUUUCCAACUGUGUACUGCAUUGUAGUAGGUAAUCCAUUAUGUGUCCAUUAUUUAUAUGUGCAAAGGGUAGCUGACAGUAAUGGUCACAAGGUGGCAGAAAAUGCACAGUAGCUGAACAGAGCAAAGAAUUCUAGUUGUAAACAUGCCUUGGCAAUGGUGUAAAGUGGCUUACAUCCUUGUAGAAUUAGUCUUCUCUUCCUUUGCGUUCAGUCCUGUAAAUGUGACGUGUGAACGCUGAAGGAGAUGACUGUACAGUCUACCACCAAACAAGUAUUAGCAAACUACUUUAUUCAUCACUAGAUUCCUCUCUGCCUCUGUCUGUGUGUGCGUCUGUGUGUCUGUGUGGGUGUGUGUCUCCUCUGAAAACAGUGCUGUAUCAUACAUUCUGACACAUCCUGAUGAAUCAGGUAGACAGGCAUUUCAGCCUGAAAUAUAAUUUUGCCUUGGUUAACUCUGCUCUUCCAUAAAAAGGCAAAACAAAGGCGUUGAGUCAAAUUACAGGAAACAUCCUCCCAUGAUUCUGUAAGAGUAGCUGAUGUCAAAGAAUGCGACCAGUACAUUCUUUUAAGCUUGUAUCGCAUACUCACUCACGGCCACGGGUGAUGUCAUGGCUUUUUUUUUUCCGGGAGGAUGGGUGUUCCCAAUUUGUAGCAUUAAAACAUAAAACGCUCUCGGGGCGGAGAAACCCAGUCGUGUAUUGGUUUGGCAACUUUACGUUUUAUUGCAAUUGGUGGACUGAGCUGGAGAGAAAUUCCUACCCGCCUUGUUUCUUGGGCUAUAUAAGCUUUGUACAACGCAUGUGUGGCAGAAAACAAUUAUAGCCUAACUUACCUAUCGCUGCUGGUUGAUCUUUACUUGUGUGCAAGCUCAAAACUUAAGACAACAGCCUAGGUAGCCAAUGGAUCUGUCCGCGGGAAUACAUCAAAUGUCAGUGGGGCAGCCUACAGUUGUUGGGGCCAUGAUGUGUCUGACAUGUAAAGGGGUCUGCACUGGAUUUCAGCCACAUUCCUGGAGGAAAGCCUGCACUGUAUGCCACUGCAGCCAAGAAGAACACGCGCCCAACUCUGACUUGGAGGACGACCGUAAGAUGGGGCGCUUGCUGGCCGACUCUCGUUACAGUCACCUCACGACCAAGGUCAAGGGCGGAGAUGGCUUCCGUGUGUACAAGCGCAACCGGAUGAUCAUCACUAACCCGGUGGUCUCACGCAAAGACCCCACCUUCCACACCAUCACGUAUGACUGGGCACCACCGGGCCUCACACAGAAACUGGCCAUGCAGUAUAUGGAGAUGUUGCCCGAGGACAGGCGUCCAGUGGCAGGGACCGAGGGAGCAUCACACCGGCGCAGGCAGUUGGUGAGGCAACUCCCCCUUCAUGACCACGACCCCCAGCAGUGCCACGCCCAGUCUGAGGCCGAGCUGCAGGCCAUGGCCACGUAUGUGAAGAGCUUUAAGGAGCAGGCGCUGGGUGUAGGGGAGGUAGCUCUGCCUGGGGACGGGGAGAAGGCACAAGAGAAGAACGGGAAAGCUCCUGGGGAACCAGCCCAGCCCAUUACCAACGGCACUGCGGAGAAGAAGAAGAAGAAAAGUGAAUAUCGGUGCAGUGGCUGUGGGGAGCUGGCAGCAGAGGACAGCCCAGUAGUGUACGCUGAGAGGGCCGGGUACCAGGAGCUGUGGCACCCCACCUGCUUCGUGUGUGCGGAGUGUGGGGAGGCGCUGGUGGAUCUGGUGUACUUCUGGAAGAAUGGGAGCCUGCUGUGUGGACGCCACUACGCCCAGAGUGUGAGGCCUCGCUGUCCUGGCUGUGACGAGCUGAUCUUCUCUGAGCUGUAUGAGAAUGGGGCUGAUGGCCAGCCGUGGCAUAAGGAGCAUCACUGCUGCUGGGAAUGUGGUCAGAAUCUCAACACUCCGUGUCCCUGUGCCAUCAGGAAACUUAGACCUGUUUGAACAUGUCAGUCUGCCACUCAAACCAACUCAGCCAUGUCCAUCUGAAUAAGCCUGUCAUCGAACCCACACCUGUUAAACAACAAUUCCCCCCCGCUGUCUGAUUGGAAUCCAUUCUAAAACUCACUACUCUGCUUGAUACAUCUGAUGCAAUUCAGGUGGUGCAGUGGUUAGUGGCAACGCUUUUACGAGGUUGACCCAGGUUCAAUUCCCGAUUGAGGCAGUUUGUCUGUAAGUCACUUUGGAUAAAAGCAUCUGCUAAAAUACCGGUCCUUUACUUUUUACUGUUACUUCAUUUAUCAAUUUGGGUGGAAUAAGCUACUGUGAUUUUCAUCAGAAGGCCUAUCAUGCAGGUGGAUUGGGUAUCUCUGACUUUGUGCAUCACGGUUGGUCAGCCUACUGCCAAUACAACAGCUCAUCUGAGCAGGCUGUGGAAUUCUAUCAAUUUAAUCGAUCUAUUAAUUUAAUUCAAUUUCAAUUUUACAUUUGCCUGAUUGGCUAAGCAAUACGCUGAUAAAAUAACAGCUUUCGUGUUGAUUUGAUGUGUUCAAAAUGGAAAAUGUUUGUCCACCAAUGCCUUCUGCGAUAGAUUACAUGUAGAAAUUCUAUCCAAAGAUAAAACUAGUCCCAUCUGAUAUAGGGAUGCAGAUGCAAGCUUCUAUCAAAGUAAUGAAAUUGCUUUCUAUACAUUUGUUGAACUGUCUAAAUGUUGAACUGUUUAUUUGUAUUGCCUUAUGGCAGUAGGGUUUUUUAAACAUGAUCAACUAACCUAGCCUAUUUAUUAUACUACAUGUUUAGGAACAGUUACUUAUGAAAUGUAACAAUAAUUCCUCCAGAAUAAUGAUACAGAAAUGACGUAUCCAUUCCAUGUCAGCUCAAUUUCCAAGGAUGUUUUUCC